AUGGCUUCGCUGGCUGGUGCCGAAAAUGAUGAUUACGGACAGGCGAGCUCCUCGGAGCCGCUAUCCAAGGCUAGCAGCCAGAAAGAAACAUCCGAAAUCCAGACACUAGGUCGCAGAUCUAUUUGGCUCGACACAUGGCUAUUCGAGAGCCUUACGCUAGGAUUCAGUAUUGCGUGUUUUAUCGCUCUAUGCGGUGUUCUAAGAGCAUACGAUAAUAAAGUGCGGCCACAGAUGGCUUAUAGCUUAAGCCUCAACACGAUCGUCUCGGUGCUAGCGACAGGAUGCAAAUCCUCUUUGAUCUUAGCGAUAGGAGAAGCGAUUAGCCAGUUGAAAUGGUUAUGGUUUCAAGAUACGAGACGCAGACAGUUAUUUGACCUCCAGACAUUCGAUGCCGCUAGCAGAGGCCCGCUAGGCUCGCUGAUGAUUCUUAUCCAUCAUCGCGGCCGGUCGCUCGUCUCGCUGGGUGCAGUAGUUGUCAUCCUUCUACUAGCAUUUGAUCCGUUUAUGCAACAGGUCCUAAGCUAUCCUGUGCGAAAAACCGAUUCCAAUGAUAUUGGCGGUGCGGUUGCGCCACAGCUACGCGAAUUCAUUCCCACGUCGGUAACUCUCGAUUGGUGGACCGCCUUCGCGCAGGGAAUCUGGUCUAAUGAGAGCGUUAUCCUCCAGCCUACCUGUUCGUCAGACAGUUGUACUUGGAAGGAAUUCUCGUCGGUCGGCAUAUGUAGCCGGUGUGCUGAUAUGACUACCGUCGCUACGCUUAAGUGCAGUUUGCCCAACCUGACGGUAUCCUUCAACAGAACAUGCCAGAUCAUCCUGCCUCAUGGUGAUGCGUCUAAUUUUACCAUAGUCUAUGACGACGAUGAUGGUAGCUUGAGUCUCCCGGCCAGGAUGAUCUGGCAACCUUUUCAGUUCGACAUAUGGUCUGGAAAAUCUGGUCCCAAUACCACUUUUGCUGGCGUGGACCAUCCGCUCCUGACAUACGCGUAUGCUGAGAUUGGGUUCAACCACCAUAGUCUUUCACCCGGUUCCCGUGUCUCCGAUAGAAUCUUUAUCAAGAACGUGACUGACUGUACCCUUUCGGUCUGCCUUAGAGACUUCAAUGUCUCCGUAACGAAUGGGCACACUUCGAUACAAACUCUGAAAAUUGAUUUUGGCACAUAUUGGAACCAGACAGAAAAGCCCUAUACCGCAGAUAAAAUUGCGUGCUGGAGGCCUGGGCGCCCCCACGCCGGCGACCAAGCCAUGACCGAGUUCUCCUUUUGCAACGGUAAUUUGUGGGUCGUCACAGAUUAUGCUCAACCUUUGUUUCCUGCUGUGGAGCAAUUCGGAUGGGCGUUUAAUUCCACCCUCGACGGAUGGAUAGGCCCCUACGUGUCUCCAAAUGAUUUUGAUGGCCAUCUCCACUAUGGCCAUCCCAACCUUGGUCGCAUCGCGAAUGUCGGCUUCGAAAAAAUCAUUACAAACGUGGCCGCUUCCUUGACCAAGCUGGGCCUGGAGAAAACAAACUACAGUGUCAAUGGCACUGUACAUAUCACUGAGGUCUUUGUGAGCGUGCAGUGGCCCUGGCUAGCCCUUCCGGCCUUGUUGGUUCUCAUUGGGACUAUCUUUGUGAUCGCCACCAUUGCUGUGAAUAGAAGGAGUAAUGCACCCCUUUGGAAGUCGUCUGCUUUGGCACCCCUCUAUCAUGGAUUGGAGAGAUUUGAAAAAGAUGAGUACAUGACUGCUAGCAUCAUGGAGAAGGCGGCAGAGAGGGUAGUUGUUCAGCUGCAGUACUCUGCGCACAAUGGACGACUGAUGCUACGGUGGCAAGAAUUACCAGAUGCCUGUCAGGGUCCACUUCCGAGGGGCAUCCUAGAAGACAAAACGCCCCGUCAGGAGCAAAACCUUGGGCAACGCCAAAGAACUGCCCUCACUAUAUAA